AUGGCGGCGAGCCUGAGGCGUUACCAGGGCAUGAUAUUCGCGACUCUGUUCCUCGGCUACGCCUGCUACGGCUACAACCGCAAGAGCGUCACGUUCGUGCUACCCGAACUCCUCUCCAGCGGUCUGCGCAAGGAUGAGGCAGGUGCAGUCUUGAGCAGCCAGAACCUGGCGUACGCCGGCAGCAAGUUGCUGUUCGGCGUGCUGUCGGACCGCGUCAGUUCUCGCCUCUUGUUCGCCAGCGGCCUGCUGCUCUCGGCCGCGUUCACCAUCGUGUUGGCAGCCGUCGCCUCCGUGUCCGUCGAAGUGUUCGCGGUACUCUGGUUCCUCAACGGCUGCGCACAGGGCUGUGGAUGGCCCUCGCUCAUCAAGGUCCUCCAACAGUGGUUUCUACAAGCACAGUUUGGAACGCUGUACGGCGUGCUGGCGGCUUCGGCCAACGUUUCGCUGAGCAUAGCCCCGUUCCUGUCAUCGUAUCUGAUGGUCGCCUACAACUGGCGCGUAAGCGUCGGUUUCACAGGCGUGAUAUGCGCUGUCCUGGGCGCCUUGUCUCUCUUCACCGUCGUCAACAAGCCGAGCGAUGUCGGCCUGAGUGUGAAGGAAAGUCCGAGGUCGAGUCACGCUCCCACUGACUCUCCUGCAAGGACAGGGAUAGCACAGAACGGCGCAGUGGCCAUGGGGCAGCAGGAAGAAGAACUCACCGGUUCCGCGGCCACCACUGGGACCCUGCUGAGCAGCCCGUUCAUCUGGCUACUGUCGGCGUCCUACCUGACCAUGUUCUUCGUGCGCACCGGUGCCGCCGACUGGGGUCAGAUAUACAUAAUCGAGGACCUCAAGCAGUCCCAGUUCGCAGCCAGUGCCUUCAUGAGCUGUAUCGAAGGUGGCGGUUUCCUCGGUGGCAUCACGGCUGGCUACGUAACGGACUGGAUGAUCGUCUGGCGCUCCAGCAAGGGUGGCGCCGGUGGAACAAGCCCCAGGGUUCCCGUGUCGGUGGUUCUAGUGGCCGGUGCCGCCGUAGCCUUUCACCUGUUCAGCAACAACGUCACGCAACACACGUCAGAGCUGCUGAUCAGCCUCAUCGGUCUCGUCAUGGGCGGCUGCCUGUACGGGGCCAUGGCCAUCUUCGGCGUGGUGGCUUCCGAGUGCGUGCCCACGCACCUGUCGGGCACGUCGCACGCCAUCGUGGCCUUCGGCGGAAGCCUGGGGGGCGUCAUAUCGGGUUUUCCGCUCAGCCUGGUGGCUGAGCACUACGGCUGGUCGGCGGUCUUCCUGCUCCUGGAGGUGAUCAGCUUCUUCACGGCGGUGGCCCUGUUCGUCGGCAUGAACUUCGACGCGAGGGUCAGAGCUCCACAGGCUUCCAACAGGGACGUCGUCGUCCGCAACGCCGCCGCUGACGCCGAUAAGCACGACGCACCGGCGAUGGAUGCGCUGCUCGUUGAGCCCUCCUGA